AUGAUUCACUGCAGUCUCACCGUAAGCGUUAGUCUCAAAAGUAGUAGCGAUACGGCCGGGGAAGGUGGUGCUUCUUUCAUCGUUGGAAUCGCCAAAAUGUCAUCACGUCAUACUGACCGAAGGGACAGACAGUAUGAUCCGGCCCAUGUUACGGUUAUUCUGAAAGAGGUUAUUGUCUGCCAAACUCAUCUCACUGUCGAUGUGCUCGUAAGCGGCAUCGAACAUCUCAAAUUUACGAACAACAAUUACUUGUCGAUCCAUGAAUGCCCGGCACCGUCGUCACCUUCAGCUCGUAUUGGAUUCGAUUUUCUGUCAUCAGCUCUACGAUAA